GCAGUGAUGAUGCACAUCCUUUCGCUGGAAGAAACAAUCGACGUCGAUCUCAAACCAAUACGGCGAAGAAUAUAAGAGCAAAACUCCACAAUUUUCUCUCAGAAUGUCUUCAGUAAAGUGAAAUCUUUGCCUGUUGCCAUGUUUGUUUAUUUUGUCGUCUGAUGCGCUCAGGUGAGAAACCGUGCUGAGUGGAUCGGUGAACCGGUAAGACCGGCCCGACAGGAGCCACCCUGCCGUGACGUACUGAACAACAUGGCGGAUUGCAGGCGGAAAGAAACGUAGCAGCGAUGUUCCGGCUAAAAUUCUAACGUUAAACCUCCUCUUUCGACGAGUUUUGUCCAGAAAAAGAUUACCGGGAAGCAUCUAUACAACGUUGUAAGCUUAUAGGCUGGGUACGAAUCAAGGGAGAAGACAUUUUAUCAUCAGAAAGAGACAAAAUCACAAAGCAGCGCCAUGGAGCGAGUGAUACUGGAUGUGCAGGGCAGGUGUCCCGACCACUUCCACAGCGGACGGCUGAUGCAGGGUUGGCGGUGCCCCCAACCCAACCAGCCGAGCAACUUCACCCGCUGCUGCCUGAAGGCCCCGGACACACUCAGGUGUUGCGAGAACGCGGGAGGCCCCUUAGGCCCCGGGGGCAAGGGGCUACGAGAGGAGGAAUAUCCCAUGGUAAUGCUCAGCACCAUCGUCGCCAUCUUCAUGGGGAUCGGCAUCUUUAUCGUCAUUAUGAAGAAAUUCUACCGCGACCGCCUCAAGCUGACCCGGAGGCUCUCCGCACCUAGACGUGAGUUCAUCAUUUUGCGCUCUGUGCCAAGAAGAUACGAUGAUGACUCCGACACAGAUGUGUCCCCACCAGGAAGUGACGUCGAGACCGGAUACGGCAAUGCUUACGCCUCCCAUGCCCGACCGCCACCGCCCUAUGCGGCUUCUACCGGAAAUGACAGAAGAGCGGAAGGCGACGACGACGACAGCAUCACUGAACGGUCCUCCCUGUGCGACCCGUACGCAGACAGUGAUGAACCGCCCCCUCCGUACGAGGAGGCGCUUCAGGCGCCCAACCCGGACAACAGACCAACAACCGCCGGAUAGACAGAGUUGACAUGGAUCUGAAGACAAAAAAUCCAAGAUCUUAUACCUCCUUGAAAUAGUUAGAUCCUUGUGCAUCUCUUAAUGCUGUAGCCCUAUAAGAAAUGCUAGUGACUCUCCCCUUCCUUUCUUCCCUUAAUAAACCCAACUAUCUUCUCCCAUAAGGGGUCAUUCAUCGGGGACGGCUGACUAACUGCUCAUGGAUUAUACCACACUACUUCCAUAAAGGGGGUGUCGGCCUGUAAUGCUGCAAUACCUGAAAAUAUUACUGGGGGCUAAAAUACUCGAUAUACUUAUUUUGGUUACAUUGUGUUAGAUCCUUAUGUGCUAAUCUGUGCACAAUGGGUGUGCGGGAACACGACAUAAUUUUUGAAGAGAGUGUCAAUCAUGAUGUAAAUAUUCCAAUCUCCAUUUUGAUUUUAGAAUGGGGACGUAUCAUUAUUUAGAUUACAUCUAACUUCAAAGGAGGAAAGCUAAGUUUUCAAGGAAUCGAUAAGCAUCAUGAACAUAACAGCUUAGAAUGUCUAUAUAACCAUAAAGAGGUGGCCAGAAGGUGACUUUGUAAACCGUAGCAGACAUUAAACUUUUCCUAUACAAAGAGUAGAUAGAGUGUUACGAAUAAAAAUAGGCUAAUGUAUUGGAAAAGUUUAUUUGAAUGGAGGGGAUGAAGAAAAUUCCGGUGCCCUCCUCGACUUAAAAUGGGACAGUCCAGUUGAUGAUAUUUACAUCGAUGUGAAUAUUUACUUAUUUACCUACGUGUACAGAAGAGCACAGACAAAACCUUCACCAAUGUGCAAGUAAUAGGGCCCUUUUAGUUGGUUUAUAUAUAGCAAACGUAUGUUUAGAUAUAGCAACGUGUUAGAUGCUUGGAUACUCAGGGCGUCUAAAAGAGUGCCUUGUAUUUGGUUUCUUCUGAAUUUUUAAACUUUUUUAUCAGAUACAAUAGCCCUAUGUCAAAAAGAUUCAAGAAUAUUCCUCAAACAGUGCUUAGAAUAGGAAAUUCUGCGAUGAAUUGAAGAGGUCUGUCCGUGGUACCGUUCGUCGUGGUCAUGGGGUAGGUUUUGAUAUGCCCGUUAGUACCAAGGACAGCACCCGGAAAGGCUUUCACGCGAAGCCACGCCUGGGGCUUAUACAAUAUACCUUGGGGAGGCUCCGCUACACCGGGCUGAGGUUUUCACUCUGGGGCGUGGUCUCUAGCAGCUGGCAGCCAAUCAAAGAACUGCCCGAUUCUCAGAUUGGCUGACAUUUGACAAAUCAUUUGCAGUAUGUAGUAGCAUAUGUAGCAAACAAGGAACCCAAAGUCUUCGAAUUUGACCAUCACUUAGAACUAAACUGAUGUUGUAGAAAAUGAUUAAGAUACUGGUGUCUUGUUGGUGCCUUUGUUGUUGAUAUCUACAGUAUUAUACAUUUCUUGAUUAUGGGAAUACAGCACAUUCGAUAUACUCUUUGUAUUAUGUUAAAU